AGGAUUGUAGACGACUUUAUUUUGCAUUGCUUGUGUGGAGUGAAGAAAGACCCUCUAACUGAACUGAAUAGGUUGCACAACUCUAAUUCGACUGAAAAUGUCUAAACUACAGUUGUUGCAUGUGUUUUUAAAUGAGCGUUUAACGGCAGCAGUUGAGGAGAUUGUCGGGGCAGUUGAGAAAACAGUAGUGGAGUACCAGGAGGAGAAUGAUCGGCUACGGAGAAUGCUGCGGAUCACACAGGAGAUACCACUAUGUAAAAUAGGCUCCCUGCCGCUCUCUCUCGCUGUCUCUGAAGAGGUUCUCCCUGAGCAGCAGCACUGUGAGCAGGAGUGGAGCCCCAGUCUGGGGCAGGAGGACCCAAAGCCCACACAGAUUAAAGAGGAACAGGAGGAACUCUGGACCAGUCAAGAGGAAGAGCAGCUUCAAGGGCUCUUUGAUACCAAAGACUCCAUAUUCACUCCUCCCUGUGUGAAAAGUGAAUGUGAUCAGGAGGACCCACUUCACAAGGCCAUACUAGCUGAAUACCCAACUCUCAGUCGACUGAAAAUGUCUAAACUACAGUCGUUUCGUAUGUUUUUAAAUGAGCAUUUAACAGCAUCUGCUUCAGUGGAGAUUUUCGGGGCAGUUGAGAAAACGGUAGUGGUGUACCAGGAGGAGAAUGAUCGUCUACGGAGACUGCUGCGGAUCACACCAGAAAUAAAACUAUGUAGAAUAGACUCCCUGCAGUUCUCUCUCGCUGUCUCUGAAGAUGUUUCCCCUGAGCUGCAGCACUGUGAGCAGGAUUUGAGCCCCAGUCUGGGGCAGGAGGACCCAGAGCCCACACGGAUUAAAGAGGAACAGGAUAAACUUCAAGGGCUCUUUGAUACCAAAGAUUCCAUAUUCAGUCCUCCCUGUGUGAAAAUUGAAUGUGAUCAGGAAGACCCACUUUGGUCCUUGACUGUGGAGAACAGAGAGAGUGAGUCUAAACUAGUGGAUUUCCAACCUUUUGGCACUGUGACCCACCUAAAGGGUCUCGACAUUCCCUGUGACACUCCAGAUAAUCAAAACAAUGCUUCCAGCCACAGAUCAGCCAUAAGCAGCGACCCAGUAGGACUUGACAGCAGCCCACCAUUGGGGGAACACUUUUCUAAACCCAGCACCACGUCUAGAAAAACCCACCACUGCCGUGACUGUGGUGAAAUGUUUGCUCUGAAAGCUGACCUGCAGAGGCAUGGGACUCUCGCCAAGAAGAGAAUCCGUGAAUGGUGCUUCUGCGAAAAAACGUACGCCACCUGA